AUUAUAUAAUAUAAUUUUAAAAUAAUAAUAGCUGUAAUAAUUUAUAAUAAAACUUUUAAUUAUUUUUAAUAAUACUUUUAUUGUAUCUUUUCUUUUUUCUUUUUUUUGUCUUGAGGAAGAACAUCUUUUAUUAAAAUAAAAUUAUAAAUAAAUUGUAUUUUUAAUAAAAAUUAAAGUUUUUAAAAAUAAACUUAAAAAAGAAACAACAACAACAACAAAAAGAACAACAAAAUGUCAGAUUCAAUUACAUUAAAAGUUAGAUUAGUUGAUAAAAAAGUAUUUAAAAAAUUUCAAUUUUAUCCAAAGAAGACAGUUAAAGAAGCCAGAUUGUUUAUAGCAGCAGAAUUAGAGGUCGAUCCAGAGCAAUAUGGUUUAUUUUUACCACCAAAAGAUGAUCAAAAUGGUGUUUGGUUUAGAGACGAUUACCCAUUAGAUUUCUAUGGAUUAGAAGGAGAAAACGAAAAGGAAAAUUUAUUAUUUACAUCAAAAGACUCACCAAUGAUGGAGUUUGUAGAGUUUAAGAAACGUUAUAGACCAAUCAAAGUAGCAAAAGGUGAUAAUCAAUUCAAGACUUUAAUGGUAGACGAUACCAUGAAUGUUUCCGAUAUUAUCAAGCAUGUUUCAACACAAGUUCCAAUUAGUAGUGCUGUCGACGAAGACCAACUUAUUAAUAUGAAUGUUUACGAAGUUGAAGUUUUAUCUGGUGAUAUGACCAUUAGAGAACAAGGCUAUGUAGGUGAAUGUACAACCAAUCUUCUCAGAACUUCAAAAGGUGAAUUAAAUCUUUGUGUUCAAGUCCCAUAUUUCGAAGGUUUUAUGAUGAGAAAGAGAGGUGGUGGUUUAAUGAAGGGUUUGAAGAAUUGGAACAAACGUUGGUACUCUCUUAGAAAGAAUAAACUUAUUUAUUAUAAAUCAAAAUCCGAUAACAGUGAAAUGGGUUGUAUAUUAAUGAAAACUGUUCAAGCUGUUAGACCUGCAAGAGAAGUUGUCGAUAUACCAUCAAAAUAUUUAAAGAUGUGUUUUGAAAUUGUUACACCAGCCAGAACUUUUAUAAUGUUGGCUUCAAAUGUCAAUGAAAUGAAAAAAUGGGUAGAGAUUUUAGAUUUUUCACGAAGAAUGUUUGCUUAUGAAACUCACUUCUUUGGAGUUGCUUCUAAAAAGGUCAGCGAUGGUCCAGGCGGUCUUACUAUUGGUAAUAAUAGAUUAUCAAUGAGAGUACGUGGUGAAGAUGAUGACGAUGACAGUGAUUUCGACGAAGAAGAAGAGGAACAAAAGAGAAGAAUCGAAGAACAAAGACAAGAAAAGGAAAAGAGAGAUCGUAUGGAAAGAGAAGAACAAGAGCGUGUUCGUUUACAAAAAGAAGAACAAGAGCGUCAAGCUAUCGAACAAGAAUUAGCUCGUGCUGAACAAGAACGUCAAGAACGUAUCCGUAUUGAACAAGAGCAACAAGAACGUGAAGAACAAGAAAGAAAACGUAUAGAGGAAGAAGAAAUUGUUAGAUUAAUGAUCGAGGAGGAAGAAAGACGUAAAAAAAUUGAAGAAAAGAGACAAGAGGAACUUAGAAAGAUCCAAGAAGAACAAGAUCUUUUAAAGAAACAACAAGAAGAGUUUAUUGCAAAACAACAACAAUUAGAAUUAGAAAAGCAAAGACAAUUACAAGAUCAAUUAGAAGAAGAUAGAAAGCUCGAAGAGCUUAUGCUUCAAAUGGAAAUGGACCAAGAAGAACGUAUUCAAAAGAUUAAAGAGGAACAAGAACGUCAAGAACAAGAAAAAAUUGAACUUGCUAAAAAAAUCAAAGAGGAAGAAGAGAGAAUUAAAGAGGAGCAAGAAAGAAUUCGUGUUGAACAAGAACGUGUUGAAAAAGAACGUAAAGAAGAGGAAAAACGUAUAGAAUUAGAACGUCAAGAGGAAGAGCGUGUUGAACGUGAACGUCAAGAGCGUAUUCGUGUCGAGCGUGAAGAACGUGAACGUAAAGAAGAAGAAGAACGUAAAGAAAAAGAAAGAGUUAGAAAAGAAGAGGAGGAACGUAUCAAAAAAGAACAAGAGGAAAUUAGAUUAAAAUUCGAAUUGGAAUUAAAAGAAAAAGAAAGAGUAAGACAAGAGGAAGAACGUAUCAAGAAAGAGCAAGAGGAAGAACGUAUUAAACAAGAGGAGGAGGCUAAAGUUAAACAACAAGAGGAAGAAGAACGUAUCAAGAAAGAACAAGAAGAAGAGGAGGAAAGAAAGAGACAACAAGAAGAAGAGGAUAACAUCGAUAUGAUGGAUGAGUUCGAACGUGAGGAAGAAGAAAGAGAAAAAGAACAAUUAGCAUCAAAGAGACUUCGUUCAUUACAAGCUCGUUUAGAAGCCGUUUCAGCCGAGACUCCACAACUCAAAUUAUUACUCUCUGAAGCUAUUGCUUUAUCACCAGAGAAUCUUUUAUUAUCAUGGGCCAACUAUAUUGUCAGUGGAAUUAGCUCACCAUCCCUUCAAUCAUCAUCCAGACAACAAAAUCAACAAUUUGAAUCAUUGUCAUCCUCAUCUAAUGGUAUUUCACCAUCAAAUGCUGUACUUUUAGCAUCCUCUAAUGGCACUAUUGGUGUUGAAGCUGGUGCAUCAAAUCCAUCAUCAAGAGUAUUACAACCAUCCACUGCUACUAUUGGCGGUGCCAAUGCUACCGGCCUUAGUGGUUUAGAACUCUCCAGAGCUGCUCUUUUACAAGGUAACCAAUUGAUUGGUGCUAGCACUGUCGAACUUGUACAAUUAAAAAAUUUAAAAUCAAUGGAGGCCAAUUUAGAUAUGUAUGCUGCUCUCUUAUUCAAACUCGAACCACAAGAAUUUGAUUACCAACAUUAUCAAACCUUAUCAUCAACUGCCCAAAAAGCUGAAUAUAUUCAAAGUGCUCUUCACAGUUUAGGUAUAACAAACAUCACAACCGAACAAUUAUUAUCAAAUGACUCUGAAACCCACUUGAAUAUUUUAUUGACAAUGUACGAAGAAGUUGGUAGUGGUCAAUGGGAAGAAGAAUUCCACACUCAAGUUGUUUCAAAACGUACUUUUGCCACCAAAUAUAUUUCACAAAUUUUAGCAAACUCUGGUUUAGGUUUAGCAGAUUCACCAUAUGAACUUUUACCAACUCUUUUAAGUGGUCGUGUUUUAUGUGAAUUAGUCAAUAAAGUUUAUCCAGGUACUAUCGACGAAAAAGUUAUUCAACCAGCAGCUACAGGUUUUUGUAAAAAGAAUUUAAUGUUAGCCUAUAAUGCCGCUAAGGCUCUUGGUAGUGUUGAAAUUCCAGAUAUAAUAUUCACAGAAAAAAUGGAACAUAUUUCAUCAACUGCUCUUCAUAAUUUAACUUGGUCAAUCGUCGAAACAUGUCUUCUUCAAUCUGCUGAUCCAUCAAAGAACCGUAAUCUCUUCCAUCUUUUAAGAGCUGAAACUAGAACAUCAUUUAUGGCAUUAGAAAAAGAAAAGAUUAUGUUACGUUGGUUCAAUCAUCAUCUUAGAAAAACUAGCAACCGUUCAAUUAAUAACUUUACAGAUGAUGUAGAAGAUUGUGAAAAUUAUGCUUACCUCUUCCAUGCUAUUGCACCACAAAUUAGCCGUAAAGAUGAAAUCCUCAAAGAGAGUGAUUGGGAAAAGAGAGCCGAAAUUGUAAUAGAAAUGUCCAAAGCUUUAGGAUGUAUGCCAUUGAUGAGUGCACGUGAUAUUGUCGAAACCGAAAAUAGCCAAUUAAAUAAAUUAUUUGUUUGCGAAAUUAUGAGAGUAUGUCCAUGCUUGCCAACCUAUCAAUUCCGUUUAGAUGUAGAACAAUUAGAUGAUCAAGUACAAAAAUCAAAAGAUCAAGGUAAUAAUGAUGGUGAACUUUUGAAAUGGGUUAACGAAUUAGGUGUUUCAGGAGAUAUGGGUGAAGUUAAACAUUUAUUAGAUGACUUUAAGAGUGGUUAUUUGUUCUUAAAGGUAUUAGAAAAAGUUACACCAGCAGGUACAUUAGAUCCAAAGAAAUUUAGAACCAACCCAACUAGUGUAUUCAAAAUGGUCGAACUCUGUAAUUAUACAAUGGAAAUCUGUCAUAAACUUAAAUUUAAUUUAGCCGGUAUUGCAGGCACUGAUUUAGCAAAUGGUGAUAUUCGUGCCAAUCGUGCUAUUCUCAAUCAAAUUAGAAGACAUAUUGGUGUACAAACAGUUGUCGACUCUGUAAUCUCAAAUCAAUCUGCUGCACUCAAAUGGGCCAACUCAAAGAUUCAUCCAGAUAUUUUACUUAAAGUAAAAAGUAUUCAAUCCUUCAAAGAUCAAUUCCUUCAAGAUGGUUUAUUCCUUUUAGAACUUUUAUCUGCUAUCGAAUCAAACUCUGUAGAUAAAAAACAUAUUCAACAAAAUGCUACCACUGAAGAAAAACAACAAUCUAACUGUCGUUACUUUUUAUCUUGUGCUUGGAGUGUUGGUAUACCAUUAAAAGUUUUAUGGGAAGAUGUACAAAAAGUUAGAUCAAAAUCAAUUAAACAUAUUAUUGAAACUUUACAACUUUGGGAUAACCAAAAACAACAACAACAACAACAAUAGAUAUAACAAUAACAAUAAUAAUAAUAAUAACAAUAUUUAGUAUAACAGUAAAUUAUAAAUACAAAGUAUAAUUUAAAAAUUUUUAAAUAAAAAAAAAAAUUUAAAAAAAAAAAAUUUUAUUUAAUG